AUGACCACUUACAACGAUGAGAUAAAGGAACUGGUCCGGGAAAGGUACGGGGCGCGGGCGCAGCGUGUGAUCGAGCUGAGCCCGGUGGUGGAGCACGGCGACGGUGAGCACACCGACGGGUGCGGCUGUGACGUCUCUGCGUCCUGCUGCGGCCCGGAGGACCUGGAACACGCCAUGCGGCUGUACAACGACGGACAACUGGCAGGACUGCCGGCCGAGUCCAUCGCUGCCUCUGCCGGCUGCGGCAACCCGACGGCCCUGGCCGGACUGCAGCAGGGCGAACGGGUGCUGGACCUUGGCUCCGGCGGAGGAAUCGACUGCUUCCUCUCGGCGCAGCAGGUGGGCGAGACAGGUCACGUUACCGGGCUGGACAUGACGCCGUCCAUGCUGGAGCUGGCACGCAAGAACCAGGCGAACCUCGGGCUGACCAACGUUGAGUUCGUGCAGGGCGAAAUGGAAUCGAUGCCGCUGCCCAGCGACUCGUACGAUGUGAUCAUCUCAAACUGCGUUGUGUGCCUGUCGCCUGAUAAAGACGCCGUGUUCAGCGAGAGCUUCCGGGUGCUGGCUCCCGGGGGUCGCAUCCACCUGUCGGACGUGCUGGCGCUGUCCGCCGAAGGACCGGCGGUCACUGAUGCGGAAAGCUGGGUUGCCUGCGCGGCCGGGGCCGAGUACCACGAGACCUACAUCGACCGGAUGCGCCGAGCCGGGUUCGAGGAGAUCGAGAUCAACGGCGAAGGCGUAGAGUUCUGGGACGAGUCGGAUAAGGCGACGUACACCAACACCGCCAGCUUCAAGGUAACGGCCAGAAAACCUCUAUAA